AUGGCAGGUACAAGUGAGUAUUUUACGAUGCAGGGAUUCGGAGUCCCAGUAUCGGCGUUUGGUCAGAGUGAGAAAGCAGGCUCGCAGGCGUCGUCAUCAAGCGACUGCAGCUCUCUAGUAGUGGGCAACUUGGCUACUGAAGAGUAUACUGUUACAAGAAAUAAGUUGUCUGAUAAGACAACAACAAAGACAAGAAAAUCAAAGUCUGUUAAAAGCGUUGCGGGAUUCUCAAUCGAGGAAUCAGAAAAGAGAAAAGAGAAAAGAAGGCUCUAUAUGAAAAAUUAUAGAGCCAAGCAAUCAAAGGGGGCUAGAGAAGCUCGUUUGCGACAAAUGCGUCAGCAUGCAGCCGAAGUCAGAGCGUCAGAAUCUGAUCAAACUAGAGAAGCUCGUUUGCAGCAAGUGCGUCAGCACACAACUAAAACUCGGGCCUCAGAAUCUAAACAAGCCAAAGAGACUCGUUUGCAGCAAAUGCGUCAACAUGCAGCCAAAGUCAGAGCCUCAGAAUCUAAACAAGCCAAAGAGACUCGUUUUCAGCGAAUGCGUCAACAUGCAGCCAAAGUCAGAGCCUCAGAAUCUGAUCAAACUAGAGAAGCUCGUUUGCAGCAAGUACGUCAGUACGUACAUACUGUAGAUAGCUAA